GAUUAAGUUUACUUAUUAUAUCAAUGAACCCGCAGUCGCUAGGGUUUUAGCGAUUACGAGAAGAUGCUGCCGCCGUCCUCAUCGACCUCCAGGGCGAAGCGGGACGUCGUCGCCCGAGCGGUGGACGCUCUCCUCAAGUGGCUCCGGCGCCAUCCCGGCGAUGACUUUCUCCACCUGGUCCUCACCACCAAGAAGGCUCCUCGCGGCGUCCGCCCCAACAACUUCCGUGUACCCCUCCCCCAUCGCCUUUACUCCUCCUGCUGCCUCCUCGUCGACGACCGCCCCAGGUCCUCCCUCGCUCCCUCCGCCGCCCGCGACGCGGUCCGUCACCUCGCCCUCCCCUUGUCCGAUGUCCUUACCCUCUCUGAGAUCCGCUCUCGCUGUCGCACCCCCGAGGCUCGUCGCUCCCUCGCCGCCUCCCACGACCUUUUCCUGGCCGACCGCCGCCUCAUUCCCCUCCUACCUUCCCUCCUCGGCGAUCCUUUCUUCAGUAAGAAGAAGAAGGGGAACCACAGAACUCCCGUGCCGCUCGAUCUUUCCAUCCCUUCGUGGCCGGAGGAUCUCCAGCAGGCAUGCGGUUCGACCAAGUUCCAUCUCGUCCCGACCACAAGUAGCGAGAUCAAGGUGGGGCGGGCUUCCCAGGGAAGGGAUGAUUUGAUCGACAAUGUGAUGGCUGCCAUCGAGGGAGUCGUUCUGAAUGUGCCAAAGAAGUGGAAGAAUGUGAGGUCUCUUCAUCUAAAGGCAACCAAUUCGUUAGCAUUGCCACUCUAUGAUUCAAUGGAGACUUGUGCUAAAAUUGAGUGUUCCUCAAGGCCGAGCAAUGUUGAAGAAAAAAAACAAGGCAGUGAAGCUCAAUCACAAGUCGAGGAAAUCGUUGAAAUUGCUGAUGAGGUAGAGUCUGAAAGUGAUGUGGAUGCACAGGACAAAUUCAAGAAGUUGAUAAAUUACCUUAGAGGUAAGCACGUAAAUAUUUUGGAGCACACAGAGAAUACUGAUGCAAAAGAAAUUAAGAGAAGGAAAAUUUCCUUGGAUUAAUUGAUUGCUUACUAUAUUAUCAAGUGCUACAAGUUUUAAAUGUCAGUGAGCUCGGAAUGCGACCAACAAAUAUGGUACACACCUAGGUCGGUUGUUCUUGUUAUACUCUCUCUUUUUCUGUGUUUUAAUCAUGCCUUGCUCAAAUUACUCUUUUGCAUGUGUGAAGAUCAAGAAGGGAACAUUUUUGUAUUAAAAAAUUUCUCUAUUUACAAUAUCUUAAGGAGAGUCCUAUUUAUUGUUAUCAUCAUUCCAAUUCCAUUCUUGUAACUCAUUAAAUUGAUGCAAUGAAAUGUCGAAUAAACUGAAUGUUAGAUGACUU